UCCAUAAUCUUUAGAUAUAAGUGAAAGAUACAAUUACCUAAUUUCCUUAAAUCGUUUUUAUAAUUUUUAAGCCAUCUAAUUAAAAUUUCAGAAAAUUAAAUUGAUUCUUCGUCAUUAAUACAAUUGAUUGAUUCCAAAUAUAAAAUUAGUUUAGUGUUUCUCAUUGUAAAUAUUAAUAAAAGGUUUCAUCAGAUAAAAAUAGGUGUUUUUUCUCGAGAAUUGAAAAAAAAAUUCAAUUUCGAAUAAAUUAAAACUUUACUGUUAUAUGCAUCAAAAGAUAGGAAGGAAAAUUAUAAAUGUUUGUAAAUGAUAGAUCUACGUAGGUGUCUCAAAUAGCUGUAAACAAUUUGCUCCUUUGCUUUUCAUCGAUCGAUUUUGUCUUGAACCCAUUACAAAGAUAAAUCAAAAUGUCUGCAGCUGAAGUAGUUCAAUCUUUAGACAGUGAGACGAAAGUUAAUGAUGAUGACGGAGCAGUGAAAAGCGAUAAUGUUGAUGAGGUGUCUAAAGUCCAAGCAAAAGAAAUUAUCAGAUAUUCACUAACGACUCUACUUUCCUUAAGAAGCUCAAAAUUGUCACAAGCUAAACCUUCAUGUAAGAAUCCUGAUCUUUCUUGCAUGGCCCAUCACAAACCACCUCCGAAGAUGCUUAUUGCUAAUAUGAUGCCAAAGUUCGUACUCAACCAGAUGAACAGCCGAGGCGAGGAGUCAAUAUCGCCUCUAUCAUUUCACUCUAAUUCAUCAUCAUCGUCGAAUUUAUCAUAUCAAAAACGGUAUCAAGAGCAACGCAGUGGUUGCGGCAACGGUGAUGGUAGUGAUGGAUAUUACAAUAGCAGAUAUCACAACAAAGUUAAGAACUACGAUGAUAAUAAUGGAGGAGGGGGAAGUGGAUCAAGAAUAAUUUACAAAGUGACUAGUGCUAAUACCAACAAUGGCAGUAAUAUUCGCUUUUUAAAGAAAGCUUACAACAACAAAUACGAGACUCAUGAUAACUCCUCGGGAUUGAUAUCAAAUAAGAACAUUUUGGACAAUGCUAGUCGCGUGAUAACAGCUGCUGAUCAUCGAUCUUCGAAGAAGAGCGUCGAUUCAUUAUUGAAUGAUGAUACAAAGGAAAAGAAAAAAACUGAUAUAAAUAACAAAUUAAUGUCAGAUGAUAAAAAUAAUAAUGAAGAAGCUAAAGAGGAAGUCAUUAAAGAAGGGAAGAAAAAUGAAAUGAAUGCAAAUGAAUUGCCGCAAAGCGAGGAUGUGUCUAAAAAAGAUCUCAAAAAUCUUCCUGCUGACAUCACCGAUCAUUUAGAUGACAUGUUUAACAAUCUGAAUAUGAACCAGUUGCUGCCAGAGAAGAUGAGUGAUGAACGAGAGUCUUCACGAUUUAGCAAAUGGUUUAGUGUCAAUAAAACCGAUGUAGGAGAUGAGAAAGUUCCAGACCUACAAAACAAUAAUGAGGACAUUUCAUCAUUCCCACAAAGUGUUGAAUCGGAGAAAUAUUUUCAGCCCAUAGAGAAAGUUGAAAGUAAUUCCUUAUUUCAUCUGUUGAAAGGUCCAUUAGAUAAUCAAUCAUCAAAUGAAAAUUCUCUCAUGCACAUGAUCCACCAACAACAAAACCAGCAACAACAGAAAAAAUCAUCUAAUUCUGGGCAGGUUCAUAGCGUUGAAGAACUUGAAGCUCGUUUAAGACAGCAUAAAGUCUCUGAAGACUUUAAUAGCAACGAAAACAAUGAAGGCGAACAAAAAGCUUUGCAGAAUUUUUUUCAACAACAACUCAUGCCGAACCUCUUGCAACAGCAACAUCAAAAACAUCAACAGAUGCAGCAACAACCACAACAUCAACAAAAUCAAGAAGAUCAACAGAAACUUCCACAACUUCCUCAAAUGUCGGAUGUGUUAACCAUGAAAAGACCUGAAAUCCAGGCAUUGGUUCAAGAUCUUACAUCGGGUGAAAUAUCAAGUAAUGUUCUAUGGCAAAGAUUAGCAGCCCCAGGCCUUUCGCCUUUCGACCGAGACACCAUAACUAGCGCUCUCAAUAUUUUCAACAGCAACAGCGGUAAUCUAGGUGCAGUUAUGUUUCAAAAACCGAUUCCGUCAAGUAGCUUAUUUCAACCAAUGAAAUCGACGAAUGCUUUGACAGCAUCUAUUCCAAUGUCACAGGGAUCACCUCUUUCUCCCGUUCCAGCAAUUGAUCAGAACUUUUUAUUUCAACAAGCUUCACCGGCAAAUAAACUUCGGCUUUCACCAUUGCCAGCUACAGGAAUUCCUCAAAGGAUUCCAUCGCCACGUGAACUUCAGUAUCAUACACAGUCAAUUAUGCAGAAUGCUCUUAUUCGUAAAAAACUAGAAGAACAACGUGAAAACUUCCGUAAACGUCAGGAGCAGGAACAAAUACAAAAGCAGGAUAGUGAAAGAAAACAACAGGAUCCUACAAAUUCGCUGACAUCUUCAGUGCAUUCACAAGAUGAUGAUCCCAAAUGUGGACCGAUUGAUUCACCGAUAAAAAAGACACCAGGUGUUCAGUUAUCGAGUCAUCAUCAAGUGCAGCAACAGCGUCAACACGCACCAUCUCCCAACAUUUUUACACCAACUUCGGUUCUGCGUAAAAUGACGGCUGAAAAAGAAAGCGGACAAAGUGAAAAUGGCCACAAAGUUGGUGUUGAUAAAAAGAAGCCAAUAAUUGGAUCUCAAUCAUCUCAGCAACCUAUUAACAGAAAUCAACAGUUAUCACAACAACAAUUCAUGGGAAAUUUAUCACAAUUGGAUCGCAUUAUGCAAUUACAUGCUCAAAAUGAAGCCUAUGGAAAAGUUGCAUGGGAUGCCCAAUCACCUAUGAAACCGCAAGGUCGUCCAAUCGUGAAAAGUGCUGGACCUACAAAUCCUCAGCAGCAGCUUCAACAACAACCUGCAAAUGCAAUGAUAUCAAAUUUUCAGCAUCAACAGCCCAACAUGAUGGGUGGAAAUUAUGAUUUUCAACAACAGCAUAUUCAAAAAAUGAACAUGCAAAAGCAAUUUUUAAGUCAGCAGCAUCAACAAAUGAUGCAGCUAAAGACGCAGCAGCAAAUGGAUAAUCCAGCAUUGACGCAAUUCAUCGCGCAGCAGUAUCAACCACGUGCACAACAUAUGAUUCGUUCACAACAAUUUCCACAGUCCAGUACACAACAAAUGAACAACGUAUCUCAUCAAAUGAUGCAAGGCCAUCCAAAAGAUCAAGAUGAGUUGGAAAAUCGAAAUAUGGCAAAUAAUGGCGGUUGUUUAUCACCAACAAGUAAUCAACUAGCAAAAUGGUUUUCACCUGAACUGUUGGCAGAUGCGUCGGCUGGAAAAUUACCGUCAGUGAAGGCAAAUGGACAAAUGCUAAGUCUUGAAGAGUUUGAAAGAUGUAUCCAGAAUUCUUAAGCAAAACAUAUAUAAAUUCAUUUUUCAGUGUUCAUGUUCUUUUCAUCGAAAUUUACUGAUGAUUAUUAUAAAUUUCAAUUUGAUCCCAGAGAAAUUUCAAAUCGACAUUGAGAAAAAACGCAUAAUAAAAAUGUCAAUGAAUGGCUAAGGAGAAAACAUUUCAGAUUCUUUAUUUUUAUCUAGAUAUAUUUUUUCUUACAGUCAGCAGUAGAAAUUAUACAUAUCUUGAUACAUAUCCUAAAGAUCAGUAGUUUUAGAUGACUGCCAAUUCAAAUUCAGCAAACAUUAUCAAAAACCUUAUUUUUCAUUUGUUCUUCACCAUCAUAAACUGAAUCCUCGAAAAGUUUUAUCCAUUCAUUAGAAGAUAAUUAUUUCAAAUUAGACACAGAUUGUAAAUCAGAGACGACUGAAGUUAAAUAUUUAUGAAUGAAAGAUGGCGUCCAGU